AUGUUCAUUCCAUAUACCCCCUUCUCGCUCUGUCCAUCACUAGUAGAUUGCCCUAUCAUCUACCGAUUUCAAAUUCAAGAACUUGAUUGGCUUGCACCAGGUGUCGAUCUUGUAUCCUACGCUGGUCAGGAUUUUGUCUUCAAAUUCAACCCUAUCGGUAAACCCAUGCCACAUGACAGGGCUUGGAAGGAGAUAAACUUACUGAGCAAACUACCACACCAUCCCAAUAUUUUGCCCCUUAGUCAUGUUGUUCUCGAAGAUAUGGAGUCUAGAGUUAUUGGAUUCACAACUAGGUACAUCCCGGGUGGAACACUCCACAAGACAAAUCCGAAACAACUAUUUCGAUUCGAAUGGCUACAACAGCUUACCCAGGUGGUGGAUUUCCUGAAUUUCGAAUUAGGGAUCAUGCACCAGGAUAUUGCACCUCGAAAUUUACUUAUCGAUUCUAAAGAAAAAAAGAUCUUUCUCUUCGAUUUCAAUAUCGCUGCCAAUGGAAAGGAUUCUAUGAUGACUGCCGAUUGGACUUGUCGCCGUGAACUAGACUCAGACGUAUCAAAGUUCCGCGAAUUUUUGGAUUCCUGGAUAGCUAUGAGAUCUGACAGAGUUAUGGAAAGAUAUCUUGAUGCACCAAUCCAGCUUGCAUGGCCGCCCCGCCCAAUCCCACCAGAAUACAGCGAGCCCGGUCCCUACGGCGGUCAGCGUGACUGGCGCACGGUUCGCGAAGCUCUGAAAUUAGGUCAAUAUUGCUAUAGUUGGACAAGGCUGCCACAAAGCAAACUUUUGGAAGAAGAUCAAGAAGACGCCAAAGAAGAAGCCAAGAAGAAAGCGGAGAGUCAUUCUGACUCACUUGGAACCUCCAACCCUUAUUAG